UUUUCAGCACUUUUUGGGAAGACAAAUAAGACAUAGCAGCACAGCAUCGGCCCUCGUUGGCUCGUCGCUCUCCUUCCCCUAUUCCCUGCGGUGAGACUGGGAUUCCCUCGCUGCAACCAUGGUGGUGAUGAAGAUGAAGUUCCCCUUUCAGAAAAGGGUGAAGCUAGCCCAGGGACUGUGGCUCCUCUCCUGGUGUGCCACAGUGGCCGGGGCUAUCACCUUCACCCUGGGCUGCAUCCUCAAGACGGAGCUCCGCAGGAGGGCAGAGGUAAUGGAUAACUCGGACAUACAUGUUGUGCCCAACACCCUCAUGAUCGUUGGUCUGGCCUCGUUGGGUAUCAACUACUUUGCGUCAAAGAUCUGUCAGGAUGCUCUGGAUGCCGGUCGAUUUCCCCGCUGGAAGAACAUGUUGAAGCCCUAUUUUGCUGUCUCUUGUUUCUUCACUGUCCUCAUGCUGCUGGCUGUCAUCAUGAGCUAUGCAAUGAAGGGCAGUCUGGAGUCUUCUCUGAAGGCCGGCCUGAGGAACGGCAUCCGCUUCUACAAGGACACCGACACCCCGGGCCGCUGCUUCCAGAAACAGAACAUCGAUCGCCUGCAGAUGGAGUUUCAGUGUUGUGGAAACAAUGACUUCAGGGACUGGUUUGAGGUCCAGUGGAUCAGCAACCGCUACCUUGACUUCAGCACUAAGGAAGUGAAAGACCGCAUCAAGAGCAACGUGGAUGGCCGUUACUUGGUAGAUGGAGUCCCAUUCAGUUGCUGCAACCCCAGCUCUCCACGGCCAUGCAUCCAGUAUCAGCUCACCAACAACUCAGCUCACUAUAACUAUGAUUACCAAACCGAGGAGCUCAACAUCUACCUCCGAGGCUGCAGAGAGGCCCUGGUCAACUACUACAUGGGCCUGAUGAACACCAUUGGGGCUGGAGUACUGUCAGUCUUCCUCUUACAGGGCUCUGUGCUGGUGAGCUUGCGCUUCCUGCAGACCGCCAUGGAUGCAGUGGCAGGGAAUGAAAACACAGAGAUUGAGACAGAAGGGUACUUGCUGGAGAAAUCAGUGAAAGACACCGUCAUGGAGUACAUCGGACCCAUGUUGAAGUUCCUCCUGCUUACGAACCAGGUGGAGGAAGGCGCUGCUGCUGAAGGCGCAGCUCCAGCAGCUAAAUAAACCAUAAAUGAUGUACACACAUGUAAAUAAUUUUUACACAGAGAAGGCAACUAAUGAAUGAUAAUUGAUUAUUUAAAUCUGAAAACAGAAUAUGAAUUUCACAGAUAUAGGGAUAGUAUUUUUUAUUGUCCGAUGACCGUCACAGAAUAAGUAAAUGUUUAUUACAUUACUGUACUUUCCCAUUUAAAUUCCAUAUGGUGAAUUGAUACCCCCUUUGUUAAACACACACUGUAUCAAGGGUGUAGGUUUCGCUUCCGUUGUUAUCGUGCACUGUUUGUAUGGUUACCUGCGAAAAGUAAUGCACCAGAAUUCGUAUAUAAUCCACCUAAUUGUGAAGGAGGCUAGUGACAAAUGCGCUAACGGGAGUAAAGAAGGAAAUAGAAUAAAAAGCGAAAAUCUGCAUAAGGAUGCAGGUUGGGGUUGUGGAUGGAUCAAACAAACAUAGGUCUUUCCCCCAGGACACUGGUGUUUGUGUCCCUUGUAAAAUGAAGUGAACUUUGAGUUAUUUUAAGGUACGACGUCAUGAUACGUUAAACACGUAACUUUUAAGGCACCCAACUGUAUUUCUUUUCCUAACCUACGUAACUUUAAGUACGUAAUAUGACAUCACCCAAUCAUAACUUUUUUCCUAAACUUAACCAAACCGAUAAUUCAGUAGGAUAUCAUACGAACAGUACCAAAAGUUGGUUGUCCCCCAUCUGAAAAGUUUUAGCAUCAAACACUGAAUUUUCUACAUUUGCAUCAAUUUGUGAUAUAAAUGUCUUUAAUUUUGUCAAAGUCCUCUGCUACUUUCAUGUUUUUAUUUGGGGGGACAA